UUUCCAGCGAGUGAGCGUCAGAGUGGAUGGCAAAAAAGAGCGGAGCGGCGGCCGACCAAGUUUUGUGGCGCUGAAAAAAAAAAAACAGCCAAAGAGAAAACCAAGAAGGUUUUUUCUUUUCUUUCAUUCCUACUUUCUUUUUCUUUUUUAAAACACGGGAUUGCGGGAGAGGCGAGACAAACGCGUGCAAAGCAGAAGUUGCGCACGGUGGGCACACUUUGAGCGGCGCAAUUGUUGUGACUUGACUCUUCCAGAGACGCACAAAAGAAGCGAACAACAAGGAGAGGACUAACUGACGAUUUUGGUCGUCUUCGCUUCUCUUCCUCUCCAUUUUUUAGUUUUUCCCAUCUUUUUUUAUUCGAGUUUUAACGCUUUUUGUCUUUUUUUGUGUGCGUAUCUCUCUCGCUCCCACCGGCGCGUGUGGCCUUUUUGUAGCCGAGAGAGCGAGUGGACGCGCGGGGGGCCGAGAGGAGCCGGAGCCGGGAGCCGGGCUGCCCACAUGCUCCAACCGCUGGCGUGAAAGUUGACUUCUUCCCAACACGAGAGAACAGGUGCCAGUGAUGAUGGUGGAAUCGGCCUCUGAGACCAUUCGAACGACACCGUCCGGCCAGAACGGCGUCAGCAGCCUCAGCAGCCAAUCGGAUGGAGGAGGAGGAGGGAGAGAGGGCGGAUCCAACGGAGACACAAAUGGAGAGAUCAGCCCCGUCGAUCUUCUGCACCUGCAACAGCAACAGGCUCUUCAGGCAGCCAGACAGUUCCUCCUCCAGCAGGCCUCUGGACUCAACUCCCCCGGCAGCAACGAGGUCAAACAGAGCCCCGUGCAGGUCCCUGUAUCCAUGGCUAUGAUGAGCCCUCAGAUGAUCACGCCGCAGCAGAUGCAACAGAUCCUGUCACCCCCUCAGCUUCAAGCCCUGCUGCAGCAACAGCAGGCUCUCAUGCUUCAGCAGCUCCAGGAGUACUACAAGAAACAGCAGGAGCAGUUGCAUCUGCAGCUUCUGACUCAGCAACAACAGCAGCAACAACAACAACAGCAACAGCAGCAGCAACAGCAACAGGCCGGAAAGCAAGCAGCAAAAGAGCAGCUCGGCAGCAAGCAGCUGGCCUUCCAACAGCAACUGAUCCAGAUGCAGCAACUUCAACAGCAGCACAUCCUCAACCUCCAGAGACAAGGCCUAGUUCCACUGCAGCCCACUGCUGCCAUGCAGUCCCUGCAGCAAGGUAUGCACCCUGCGAUGUGUCCGUCAGACCUCCAGCAACUGUGGAAGGAGGUUUCGGGGGUGCCCGGCACCGACGAGGCCUUGAAACAAGCCGAAGGCCUGGACUUGAGUACCAACAGCUCUAAUUCUACCUCAGCCUUCCCCAAAGCGGCCAGCGCCCACAUGCCACUGCACAGCCUGCCCAAUGGACAGAACCACACCCCAAAGAGAGACAGAGCCAGACUGUUUGAGUGGAUAUCCUCCUUCACCAAGGCAGACAGUGGCGAUGACCAUGUCCCCCCAUACUCCAAAGGCAGCCAACCCCCCACCAGCCAUCACGAAGAACAUGCCGGCUCCCAUCCUCUCUACGGCCACGGAGAGUGCAAGUGGCCCGGCUGUGAAGCGCUGUGUGAGGACAUGGGACAGUUCAUCAAGCACUUGAACAACGAGCACGCCCUCGACGACCGCAGCACUGCUCAGUGCCGAGUCCAGAUGCAGGUGGUUCAGCAACUGGAGAUACAGCUGGCGAAAGAGAGCGAGCGACUUCAAGCCAUGAUGACCCACCUGCACAUGCGACCCUCAGAGCCAAAGCCUUUUAAUCAACCUUUGAACCUGGCUUCCAGUGGCUCUCUUUUAAAGCGGGACAGCGACGUCUACCCAGAGGGUCUUCCUCACCCCCCCACCUCAGCCGCGACCCCCAUCACUCCACUGCGCCAGGGACCGUCGGUUAUCAGUUCCUCCAGCCUUCACACACACUCCCACGCGCACGGCGUCGGGCCCAUACGUCGGCGCAACUCCGACAAAUACUGCACCCCCAUUGCCUCAGAGCUGGCUCAGAACUGUGAGUUCUACAAGAACGCCGAUGUCAGGCCUCCCUUUACCUACGCCUCUCUUAUACGUCAUGCCAUUCUGGAGUCCCCUGACAGACAGUUGACUCUGAACGAGAUCUACAACUGGUUUACACGAAAGUUUGCCUACUUUAGGAGAAACACGGCCACGUGGAAGAAUGCUGUGCGCCACAACCUGAGUCUGCACAAGUGUUUUGUCCGUGUUGAGAACGUGAAAGGCGCAGUAUGGACUGUGGAUGAAGUUGAAUACCAAAAGAGGAGACCACCAAAGAUGACCGGGAGUCCCACUCUGGUGAAAAACAUGAUUUCAGGCCUGGGCUUUGGAUCCCUAAACGCCAGCUACCAGGCGGCCCUGGCGGAGAGCAGUCUGUCCCUGCUUAACAGCCCACCCUUGGUGACCCCUCCAUCUGCAGCCAGCCUCAACAUGCUGCACGUGGGCCACGAUGAUGUCAGCUCCACGGUGGAGCAGGUCAACAGCAACGGCAGCUGCAGUCCCACUCUCAGCCCUCAGCAGUACAGCCACGCGGUUCACGUGAAGGAGGAGCCCACAGAGAUCGAGGAGGAUUGCCGGCCCGUCUCUCUGCUGGCCGGGAUCGCGCACAACCUGCCGUUGCCGAGCGACGACCGCGACCUGGAGGACGACCUCCCUGCCGACGAUCUGGAGUGAGAGAGAGAGAGAGUGAGGCUCGUUCGGAAGAAACGAUUGAGCGAAAGGAGAGAAAACAACAACGACAAAAAAAAAAAAAAAACAGAAUGUUUUUAUUUUUAUUUGUUUUGAACGAGCAAGCAACCAAGGAGGACAUUGAGAAACUCCAAACAGGGUUUGAAGACCUCCGUUACUUUACGUCUGUGGAGCACUGCUUUAACUUCACGCCUCUUUUGACAAACACUGGCACACACUCGUGGAAGCCUCUGCGCGGAGACCCAAAGAGCUUCGGAUGUAACCUCUUGCUCUCCUCAGUGAGGCUGCCCCGCUAGACAUCAAACGUCUGUUUCAAAGGAAAAACACACAAGUACCGUAGUGUUCAGAAUGAUAGCAGUCCAAUGUGAUUAACCAGAUGAAUCCAGGUUUUCAGUUUUAUUUUUAAUUGCUACAAGGCAAACAAGUUAUUCUCAGAAAAUCGACACGAUUCAUGAUUUACGCACUCUUAAUUGGGCAAGCACGGUGCUAGGAAGCUAGAUGUGAUCAUAAACUCUAGUUUUGACAAUCACAACCAGAAUAGCUGAAAAAAAGUGGGUGUUCCUUCGUGAAAUAACAAUGAAAUGGUUACAAAAUAACAGCCAGAUUUGAGUGCCAAUUUUUUCUCUUGUUGCCAUAUGACCGUUCUGUUAACAUGUAAUUGCCAGCGCAGCGGUAGGAAGCUAGGCGUGAUCAAUUCUUGUUGUGAUGUCACAAUUAGUUAUGCUGGGAAAAAAGUGGGCGUUCCCUUGUGGAAUAACAAUGAAAUGGUAAAACAGCCAUAUUUGGAGAGACAGCGACAACCAAAAGUGGUAUUUGCCAUGAAAAAUGAAAAAAUGAAUUUUGCCAUGUGGCAUUUUUUUUUUUUUUUGCCAUGUGGCAGAAAUGAUUAUGCCAUUCGGCAUUUUUUUUCCACGUGGCAAAAUGGAUUUUGCCAUGUGGCAUUUUUGUUGCCCAUUGGCAAAAGUGAUUUUGCUCUAUGGCUUUUUUUGCCAUGUGGCAAAAUGGAUUUUGCCAUGUGCCAUUUUUUUGCUAAGUGGCAAAAAUGAUUUUGCCAUUUGGCAUUUUUUUCCAUGUGGCAAAAUAGAUUUUGCCAUGUGGCAUUUCUUCUUAACCAUUGUAAAAUCUUUUUCCACGUGGCAAAAAAAAACGCCACACAGCAAAAUCCAUGUUGCCACAUGGCAAAAGAAUGUCACAUAGCAAAAUCAAUUUUGCCAUAUGCCAAAAUCCAAUUUUGCCACAUGGCAAAAAAUGCUACAUUGCAAAAUCCAUGGCAAAAAAAAAAAAUGCUACAUAGCAAACUCAAUCUUGCCACAUGGCAGAAAAAUGCCACAUGGCAAAAUCAAUUUUGGCACAUGGCAAAAAAAUAUACCACAAGGCAAAAAAUAUGCCACACGGCAAAAUAAAUGCCACAUGGCAAAAUCAAUUUUGCCACAUGUCAAAACAAUGCCACAUGGUUAAAUCGAUUUUGCCAUAUGGCAAAAAAAAAAAUGCCACAUGACAAAAUCAAUACUGCCACACAGCAAAAUAAAUACCACGUGGCAAAAGUAAUAAUGCCACACGGCAAAAAAAUGCCCCAUGCCAAAAUCAGUUUUGCCACACGGCAAAAAAAAUGCCAUAUGGCAAAAUCCAUUUUGCCACAUGGCAAAACAAUGCCACAUGGCUAAAUCAAUUUUGCCAUAUGGCACAAAAAAUGCCACAUGGCAAAAUCCAUUUUACCACAUGGCUAAAUCAAUUUUGACAAAUGGCAAGAAAAAAAUGCCACAUGGCAAAAUCGAUUUUGCCACACGGCAGAUCCCACUUUUCCUUCUCGGCCCUGCUGAGUGCCAAAUUAGUUUGCUACAUGGUCACCAUUUCAUAACACCUUUAAGAGUCUGUAUAUCAUGAGUGUCGAUUUUCUGAGAAUCUACUGCACCUAUUGUUCACUUAUGGCAAUAAAAAAAAAUACUAAAAGCCUCAAUUCAUCAAGUUAGUCCCAUUGAACUGCUAUCAUUUUGAACACUGCUAUUGUGUGACCACGUGUAUAUAAAUUUGAAGCAUUCGCCAGGGAGCUGUGCAGUAUACCUCUCCAUCUCAUCUCCCUACACGCUUCGGAGUCAAUCUUUCAUCAGAUCCAAAGCAAACGUUCAGCUUUCGGGAUGGGAAGAGAGGAAGAAGAUGCUUUCAAAGAUUACCUCGGAUUGCGCCCCAACACAUCCGGAGAGUUCCCGUCUCUACAUCCCUGACCGGGGGAGGCGUGGCCUCUCUUUGCUUGUGAGAUACUACAAAAAAAAGAAAAAGACCUUGUCUCUGCCACCCAAAAAGACUGCAAGAAAAGGAACGUCUCUUCUCCUUGAUUUGGGAUGACUUUGGAACACUCGUAGAAGAAAAUAGCCGGGAAGUGUCUAUAGAAAUAUUCUGACUUUUAAAAAAACAAAACAAAAAAAAAGGAACCUGUCAACAACAUGGAAAAAAACGUGGUAGCUUUAUCAUUUCCUUUUUUUUUCUAUUUCACGUUAUCAUUCUUGAUUUGUGAUGUGAGGAGCGUUAUAGUGCUGUUUCUUUUUCGAUGUAUCUUUUCUGCCGGUGUAUUUUUGUAUUCUUUUUUUUUUUUGUUUUUCGAUUUGUUUUCCACGCCAUUCCGAAAGUAUGAAAAAGAACGCGCAGUAUUGUCCCUUCUGUCCCUUUCACUCGCGAGUGUAGCAGGCUAGAAAUUUGGAAAUAGCACUUAAAAGGUUACCAUUAUCCAAACUAUUUAACAGCUUUUUUUACAUUUAUUUUGGUUGUCUCUUUAGUUGAAAGAUAUCAGUAAUGCUUUAAAACAAAAACAAAAAAAUACACACAAAAAAAGAUAUAUAUGAUUAUACGUAUAUGAAUGCAGUCAGAGAAUACCUCAUCCCGCAAACGUUCCGAGGUCGUCUUUGUACGGGAUACCAAAACGUGGCUCGAUUCAAAGCUCUGUGCUCGUGAUUCAAUGUGAGGAAGGAUGCGUUAAAGGAAUAGCAUGUGAGAUUUUACCGUUUAUGAUUUUAAUCCGCAACAAGUCAUCGCUUUCUACACAGUGACGUACCAAAUUUUGUCAUUUUCCAAAUCUAUGAGCAACUUCUUACUCCCUACUUGCUAUUUUUGUUACAGGUAACCAAAGAAAUAUUUAGAAAACCAAAAACCCUUUCACCUCUUAUUUGUUAUGAUUUUAUUCUUAACUGGCCAAAAGACGACAAACCAGGAGUUUGAGCUCAUUAUAUUUGCUUGUUGUUUUAAGAUAUUUUAUUGUUUGAGAGUGCUGACCAUUCCGCUCUAACCAAAGUGUGAGACGCAAACUACAAAAUUUGAAAGCUUUUUUUUUUCCCCAGUUCCAAACUGCUCAUAUUAGGUAUAAGGCCAAAUAAUACAAAGGUGUAUUAAAGUGACACUGAAAAGAAGAGGAAAAUGUAAGAAUUUUUAUUGAUUGAAAACUCUGUUUUGAAUGUCACAUUCACCUUCAGCACAACUUUACAGACGUGUUUAGUUGUUUUUCAAGAACAAACACAGGCUAGGUUCAUAUAGCAGGUCGUAAUGCACAAAUCCGAUUUUAUUUUUGGUCGUUUUUGCAAGCCCGUUCGGACGAACAUUUUCAAUCGCGGUCCAAAAAGUUUCGCUUUCCAUGGAUUAAUGUUGAAACCAGUGUCGUGCCCUGGGCAUAGGCGAGUUAGGGUUGCCUAAGGUGCCAUCUAUUGCUGGGGGUGCCAAAUUGCUUUGGGGAAAAAAAUACCCGAAAACAAAUUUCUCACGCUACGCUUCCAGAUCGUUUUCUAACGUAUCAGUACAUUUAAGUACAUUUAAAUUUGCUACAUAUUCAUAUUCACAUAAAAUAUUUUGCCAUUUCCAACCUGGAUUUUAUUAGCCACCUGCUACUUCGUGGCACAUAUGAGGCAGGGAGGCACCGUCCACACUUACAGAGCCACGAAAAAGGACAAAUAAUGGCAGGUGAUGAAAUCAAAGGUCAUACAAUACAACAAACUAUCAAUCAUCUUCAUGAUGAUAAUACACACUCAGCAGGAAAACCGUAUAUGACUUUAAAAAAGAAAUAAACUGGAUGCCACGAACUGUAUGUAAAGUUUUCCAACAGUUAAAGACAACACUAACCCCACUAAAUACUAAUGCGAAUGCUAUGCUCACGCUACGAGUUACAUUUAGUGUGUGAUGAUCAAUCAGCGCAGACCUUUAAAGGCUAAAGCAACAUGGCAUACACUACCGUUCAAAAGUUUGGGGUCUAAACAACUCCAAACUUUGAACCGUAGUGUAUCAUAUGGGAUUUUUCAUUAUGUACGCUGCUCAAAAGUUUGGGGUCAAUUAUACCACAAACUUUUGAAUGGUAUAGUAUCUAGCCAAGAUAACAAAACAAAACUUAUCAAGCAACACCUGACACAUGUGUUUUCCAUAAAAAGCCUGGAAUUGACACACACUGUAAGCGUAUGUGUGGGAAGGGCGGUGCAGCACGACACAUGAGUGACACAACCAAACAUUACUACGAUGCGUGCUAACUACACAUACGAUGAGAAAAUGUCACACAAUGUGAACUUAUGCCAGAAACUAUGGCAAAUUUUCAUCUUGCCCGCCACGCUUAAGUCUAUGCAAAUGCUAACUUAGAUGCCAAGCUAACGCUACGAGUUACUUUAAGUGUGUAAUGAUCACUCAGUGCAUACCUUUAAAGGCUAAAGCAACAUGGCAUACCUAGCUAAGAUAAAAAACAAAACUUACCAAACAGGACAUGACACAUGUGUUUCACAAAAGGAGCCUGGAGUGGACACAUGCUUACUCACCGGCCAGUAACGUCACAUGAGUGACACGAUUAAACACUGCUACAAUGCAUUCUAACUACACAUACAAUGAGAAAAUUGAAAACACAGUGCGAACUUAUGACUGAAACUAUAGCUAAUUUUCUUAAGUCCAUGCUAAUGCUUACAUAAAUUCCAUCUUAAGGCGACAUGUUACAUGUAGUGUGUGAUAAUAAAUCAGCGCAGACCUUUAAAGGCUAAAGCAACAUGGCAUACCUAGCCAAGUAAGAAAACAAAACUUAUCAAGCAGCACAUGACACAUUUGUUUCACAAAAGGAGCCUGGAGUGGACACACAAUUACUCACCAGCCAGUGACAUCACGUGAGUGACACAACCAAACACUGCUUCGAUGCGUGCUAACUACACAUACGAUAAGAAAACGUCACACAUUGUCAACUUAUGACGGAAACUAUGGCGAAUUUUCAUCUCGCCCACCAUGUUGAAGUCCAUGCUAACGCUAACUUAAAUGCCAAGCUAACGCUUCGAGUUAUUUUUAGUGUGUGAUGAUCACUCAGCACAAACCUUUAAAGGCUAAAGCAACAUGGCAUACCUAGCCAAGAUAAGAAAACAAAACUUACCAAGCAGCAUGACACAUGUGUUUCACAAAAGAAGCCUGGAGUGGACACACGCUUACCCACCGUCUGGUGACGUCACGUGAGUGACACAACCAAACACUGCUACGAUGCGUGCUAAUUACACAUACGAUGAGAUAACGUCACACAUUGUCAACUUAUGCCGGUAACUAUGGCGAAUUUUCAUCUUGCCCACCACGCUUAAGUCUAUGCUAAUGCUAACUUAAAUGCCAAGCUAAUGCUACAAGUUACUUUUAGUGUGUGAUGAUUACUCAGCACAGACUAAAUAGCUAAAUUGCAUGUUCCCUCUUGCAAAGGUAAAAAAAAAUACUAUCUCGCCACCCACCUACUGGUGACGCAGCACCAGGAGCAAAGUGGGGUACAGUAUCUUGCUCAAGGACACUUUGGCGAGUUCAUCAGGGCGGAGAAUUGAACCCACAACCUCUGCGUUGGGGGACAACUACUCUACCACUGAGCCACGCCACUCCAUAAAUCCUUGAACAGCAAGUGAGGAGAGAGAGGCUCACUGCUACGACGCAGGCUGACGUACUACACGUACAAUAAGCAAAUGUCACGCAUAGUGAGCAUAUGACAGAAACACACAGAUGUUUUAGUCUCCCAAGACACAUUUUUAGCUCGUCAAGUCAUCAUCAUGAAAAAAAAAUUCUCGUUGAUGAAAUAUUUUUGUUAUCGUCAACGUUGAUGAAAACAACACUGCCGUAUUUGAAAAUAACCUAGAUCGGAUUUGAAAUGGUCCACUUCUCUGUGACUUUUCCCGUUCAGCCCAUCGAGUUAUCAUAAACUCUAGUUGUGACGUCACUACCAGAAUAGCUGAGGAAAAAAAAUGGCCGUUCCCUCAUGGAAUAACAAUGAAAUGGUUAAAAAAAAAAAAACAGCCAGAUUUGAGUGCCAAAUUUGUUUUUCUCUUGUUGCCGUGUGACCGUUCUGUCAACAUGUAAUAGCUAGCACAGCGCUAUCAAACUAGGCGUGAUCAUCACUUCUAGUUGUAACUUGUGACGUCACAACCAGAAUUGCUGGGGAAAAAAGUGGACGUACCAUCGCGGAAUAACAAUGAAAUGGUAAAAAAAAAACAGCCAGAUUUUAGUGCCAAUUUUUUUUUCUCUUGUUGACGUGUGACCGUCCUGUCAACAUGUAAUAGCUAACGCAGCACUAAGAAGCUAGACGUGAUCAUAAACUCCAGUUGUGACAUAACAAUCAGAUUUGCUGAAAAAAAGUAGGCGUUCCCUUGUGGAAUAACAAAGAAAUGGCCAAAAAAAACAGCCAGAAUUGAGUGCCAAAUUCGUUUUUCUCUUGUUGCCGUGUGACCGUUCUGUCAACAUGUAAUAGUUAGCACAGCGCUAUCAAGCUAGGCAUGAUCAUCACUUCAAGUUGUGACGUCACAACCAGAAUUGCUGGGGGAAAAAAAGUGGGCGUACCAUCGCGGAAUAACAAUGAAAUGGUAAACAAACAGCCAGAUUUGAGUGCCAAUUUUUUUUUCUCUUGUUGCCGUGAGACCGUCCUGUCAAUAUGUAAUAGCUAAUGCAGCACUAAGAAGCUAGACGUGAUCAUAAACUCCAGUUGUGACAUAACAAUCAGAUUUGCUGAAAAAAAGUAGGUGUUCCCUUGUGGAAUAACAAAGAAAUGGCAAAAAAAACCAGCCAGAAUUGAGUGCCAAACUCGUUUUUCUCUUGUUACCGUGUGUCCGUUCUGUCAACAUGUAAUAGCUAGCACAGCGCUAUCAAGCUAGGCAUGAUCAUCACUUCAAGUUGUGACGUCACAACCAGAAUUGCUGGGAAAAAAAGUGGGCGUACCAUCGCGGAAUAACAAUGAAAUGGUAAACAAACAGCCAGAUUUGAGUGCCAUUUUUUUUUUCUCUUGUUGCCAUGUGACCAUCCUGUCAACAUGUAAUAGCUAACGCAGCACUAAGAAGCUAGACGUGAUCAUAAACUCCAGUUGUGACAUAACAAUCAGAUUUGCUGAAAAAAAGUAGGCGUUCCCUUGUGGAAUAAAGAAAUGGCAAAAAAAAACAGCCAGAAUUGAGUGCCAAACUCGUUUCUCUCUUGUUACCGUGUGACUGUUCUGUCAACAUGUAAUAGCUAGCACAGCGGUAGGUAGCUAGACAUGAUCUUCAUGAGAUGACAUGAAGUUAUUGCCUCACUCCAGUCGGAAAAACACGGAAAAAUCAGAUUUGUGCAUUACGACCUGUAGUAUGAACCUAGCCAUAAUGAGCUUUAUACUAGCAUGAUAAUGAUUAGCCAACUUUACAGCUUUGUCUUGUUUUUCAUCUUUUCAGUGUAGCCCUAAUACUCCUCGGCACAAAUACAACACGCACAGUUCCUCUUACUUAAGGCGAAAGAACAAGAAAGCACUUAGAGUUAAAAGCGUGUCUCUGCCAUGCUCAGGCUGAAGUGUGUUCCAAACACAACCCCAGGACUGUAGUCAUUCCAAAUAUGUGUAGCAAAGAAUCUUUCCAUAAAGAGGGAACAAAUAAAACGAUACCAAUGUAAGAGGACGUCAACCAAGGGACAGACAUUUUCAUUCAUAACGUUAGCACUUCACGCCAUUUUCUUAUUUAAUUGAAGAACUGCAACUUGUUUCUUACAACUAAAAAAGAAGCAAAAAGACAGACCAAAAAGAACACUACCUCCUUUUCUCUUUUCAGUACCCCAUAAUAACAAUAUGUGGACUCGCUUGUGCUCCAGCCCAAAAACAAACACGAUGGACUGUAAAGACUACCUCGCCUUGGUUGCGACCUGAAGCGCUCUCAAAGUGUCACUCAAUUGAAAGAUGAUAUGGCGAACCCAGUGCUAUUUGCAGGGAGACGAUUGGCAGAAUUGAUGGGUGGCACAGAAGCAUUGAAGCAGGGCUACAUGGGUUCGUGCAAACAGAGGCUCUGACCAAAUAUCCAAAGACACCCCCCACCCCCCCAAAAAAACAGUACAGUGGUACCUCAAGAUACGAAGUGAAUUCAUUCCGAACUAAUGAUUUUUUUCCGUUUAAUGAAUGGCUUUUACAUGCCUAAUUUGUUCCAAGCUAUACAAAAAACACCAUGUUAUCGUGUCCUCUGAUUUCAUGUCUUUAUUUGUAAUGCUUUGUCACCCUCUAGCGGCGCUUAAGUGUAACUACUUUUUUAGUUUCCGGCCUCUACAGAUGUUAUCACAUGACUACUCGAGCUCGUCUCAAACACGGAGUGCUAAAAGACGAGCUAACAUUGCUUGCUUUUUCGUGUCGCUGUUUGUGCCUUGAUUAAGCAUCGCUUUGGCACAGAGGCGGAACUUAGGGGGUCUGGUUUACAGGUGUAAAGCGGGUGUGGUUUGGCGAGGGGAGGGUCAAACAGAAAGGUACGAUGAUGUACGGAGCUGUGAUAUAGUGUUUUAAGUGUUAAAAUAUCUCUGCCCACCCCCCGACUCAGCAAAAAAUGUUCACUUAAACCCCCCUACCCCCCCCACAGACACACAACAGAUGAUCGUCACAAAUAAUUGUCCACUAGCACCCCGAACGGCCCCGAAACAUUUUCCGUUGGCCCGUAAACGGCAAUUUUCAGGGGGGGGGGAAAGUCUCAAAAUGUAUCUAGUCCUACAAUUUUUGACCAAAUCACAUAAUUUGGGCAUCAAAAAUUCCAGGACGGUGAAGGGGCAUAAAGGUGCAGAAUUUUGAAAAAAAAAUUUACGGUUCCUCGGAAAUUUGCCAUAAACUUUCCCAUUUUUAAUGGGAACUUUCCCAUUCACUUCCAAUGGAAGUUCCUAUGGAAUUUACAUUUCAUUGAUGCCAUUGACGGCCAUGUAUGUUAAUUCUAUUAAUGCCAGUGUACUUGGAUUCCAUUGACGCAUAUUUGAGUCGAUGCCAUUGACGGCCAUGGAUGUCCAAAUUUUCCAUUUUCAAUGGCAAAAACCCAAUGUCUGCAAAACAACAGGACAUGACCAGAUAACUAUACGACCUGUCCCCCAAAUGUCUCCGAUUCCAUGGACGCAUAUGUAACUCGAUGCCAUUGACGGCCAUGGACGUCCAAAUUUCCCAUUCAUUUCCAAUGGCAUUAACAUUGCAUUAAGACCAUUUUAGACAGAUGCCAUCGACGGCCAUGUAUGUCAAUUCUACUGAUGCCAUUGUACUUGGAUUCCACUGACGCAUAUGGAUGUUGAUGCCAUUGACGGCCAUGGACAUCCAAAUUUUUUCACAUUCAUUUUCAAUGGCAAAAAAAAAAACAAAUGUCCCCAAAUGACCUGAUGUGACCAGGACACGCCCCCCAAAUUUCCCGAAAAGACCUGAUAUGGUGAAGACACGCCCCCCAAUUGUCCCCAAAUGACCUGAUAUGACUUGGAUAUUUCCCCCAAAUAUCCCCAAAUCAACAGGAAGUGACCCGAUAUUGUCCCCGAAAUGUCCCUAAACCAACCUGAGCCGGGCUAAGAUCUUUUUUUAACGUCGUAUAUAUAAAUAUUAGACAUCAAUUAAUUAUUCUAAGCCAAAAUGACAGACAUUUCAAAUAAUAAUAAAUAUAAAUAUAAAUACUUCUCUUUAUGACUGGGUUGAAACAAAAGCGGUUGCGCGGUGUCUUUAAACGGGGUCUCCAGGGUAAAACGGACAGAUUAAAAAUAGUUCGGGGGCUUCAUGCACCAUGAAUCUGCUAUGGCAGCCCAUAGACAUUUUGUUCUAUCAAACACAACAGUUCUUUUGGCUUAAAAUACAGCAGUUUAUUUUAAAGAGGGGUGCAGAAGAGCAGAAUCUGCUUUUUCAGCCUUGUCUGUGUUUUCCGCCAUAUAUAUCUCGAAUACACUCCAACCCCACUUGCUCGAGUAGUUGUCUGGAGGGGCCUGAGGAAAAUUUUUUCCACCACCUCCGCCCCACAUAUCGGACGAUCGUCUACGACGUUCACCUCUGGGGGGCUGUUUAUUCUUAGCGCACCCGGGCCCUGUUCACUUUAGUUCCGCCUCUGUACAGUACGUAUUAUUUUUCACAUGAUGAAUCUUUUAGUCUUUUCCUUAAUAUGAAUCUAAAAACAUCAAUUAUUCAUGUAUGGAAACGUUCGUAUCUCGAGGUGCCACUGUCACCGCUCCCUGAGAGGACACGCGCAAACACACACCCGUCAUGGCUCCUUCAGUCCAAACAAGAGGAACUGCUGCAAUCAGUCAAAUAUGUAAAUGAUCUCGUGCUUUAAGGUACACCUGUAAACAAGGCGCUUUUAUAAAGCUUGUUCACAGGUCACCACGUAACAUAAUAUGAUGUAUUCUUGUAUAUUAAUGAUUGACUUAUCUCUCCGGGGCAUUCUUUUUUUUUUUUUUUUUUUUUUUUUUUUUUUUUUUUUUUUUUUUUUGCGUGUGUCUUUCCUGCACCUGUUUAGCUAUUGUAAAGCUUGCAGCUCUGGUUCCUAUACUGUACUGCUAAUGCUGAACUAUACGUAUUUAUCAUAUUAAGUACUGCAGGUAUCUUGGAUUUGUUAGUUUUGUUUUCGGUUCUUCAUAAAAAAACGUCUGGGACGCUGAUUUUUUUUUUUUUUUAAGUGUAUUAUCGCAAAAAAAAAAAAAAAAAAGGAGGAAAAAAAAGGUUUAAAGAUUAAAAGUUAGAGCAGUGGAUUUAGGUAAGAUCUGUUUGUAUAUUUAUCUUAGCUAGGUCUAUUUUGAUACUUUUUUGUCUCUGUACUGCAUUUAUGCGUUUUUAAGGAAAAAAAACACAAAUGGAUGAACUAAAAAACUUGGUUAUGUAUUGAUACCUCAGAAGGACUUUUUUUUUCUUCUUGAUAACAGGACCAAAACCUCUGAAAAGAAAACGAGUGGAAGAAUAUUUCGCCUCGCUCCUGCUUUACACAAACGUGGACUGUCUGUUGGUCUUUUCAGGUGCCGAUAUUGUGUCCCUCUGACCCCUGACCUUCGUCAUUCCUUAGCUGACCUCUGCUCUGCGGAGUUGUCGAUCAUCCGCGGGCUGGAUAGGGGUGCUCCUUUAAAUCCCGUAGAGUGGGGGUGUCAAACGUAAGGCCCGUGGGGUUAUUGUCUGACCAUGCAGAAUCAUGUGCUUUAAUUGUGACAUUGGCGCCAUAAAAAUGUAGAUUUGUGUGAUCGAGGGCGCGCGCUAUUGCACUUGGCUCGCUCUCGUUUCCGCAGUUCCAUUCAUUCGUUUGCCCCCUUCCAGUCAAAACUGAUUGGAUGUCUAGUGUCGUCAAUGGCAGCCCAUGAGUUAAUAAGUGAGCCGAAAAUGCCCCGAAAGCAACAGAAGGUGACACCAAAUCAACAAGACUUGACCAAGAAAUGCCCUAAUAUCAGCAGCGACCCCUAAAUGCACCAAAAUGAACAAGCAUUGAUCCAUAAAUGCACCAAAAUUAACAAGAAGUGACCUGUAAAUGCCCCAAAAUGAACAGAUUGUAAACCAAAAUAAACACUAACCCAUAAAUGCUCCAAAAUCAACAGUGACCCCUAAAUGCAACAAAAAUAACAGGAAUUGACCUGUAAAUGCCCCAAAAUCAACAUGACUUGAACCAAAAAUGCCCCAGUAUUAGCAGCGCCCCCUAAAUACACCAAAAUUACUAGGCAUUGAGCCCUAAAUACACCAAAAUUAACAGGCCUUGAUCCCUAAAUGCACCAAAAUGAACAGGACGUGACCCGCAAAUGCCCAAAAAUCAACAGGAAGCCAACCUAAACCAACAGGGAAGACCCCAGAAAGGCCCCAAAAUCAACAUUAACUGACCCCUAAAUGCACCAAAAUUAACAGGCACUGAUCCAUACAUGUCCCAAAAUCAAAAGAGAUUGAAUCUGAAAUACCUCAAAAUUAAUAGUGAUCCCAAAAAUGCACCAAAAUUAAAAGAUAGUGACCUCCAAAUGCCCCAAAAUCAACAGAUAGUAAACCAAAAUAAACCGUAAUUGACCCAGAACUGCUCCAAAAUCACUAGUGACCCCUAAAUGCAACCAAAAUAAGAGGACAUGACCUGUAAAUACCCCCAAAUCAACAGAAAGUCAACCCAAAUCAACAGAAAACAAACCAGCAAUGUCCCAAAAUCAACGGUAAGUGACCCCUAAAUGCAGCAAGAUCCACGGGAAGUAACACAAAAUAAAGAGUAACUCAGAAAUGACUAAAAAACCAACAGAUGGUAAACCAAAACGAGAUGGAAUUGACCCAGAAAUAUUCCAAAAUCAACAAUGACCCCUACAUGCAACAAAAACAACAGGACGUGACACCUAAAUGCCCCAAAAUCACCAGGAAGCCGACCUAAAUUAUCAGAAAAGAAACCAGAAAAGUCCCAAAAUCAACAUUAAAUAACCCCAAAAUUAACAGGAGGUGACCCGUAAAUCCCCCCAAAUCAAUAACAAGUGACCCAAAAUCAACAGGAAGUCACCCAAAAUAAAGACUAACCCAGAAAUGCCCCAAAAUCAGCAGUAAGAGACCACUAAAUACAUCACACCAAACUCAACAGGUGGCACAAAAUCAACAAGAAAUCAUUCAAAAUCCAAAACAACUGACCUUAUUUUUGCCACAAAAUCAACAGGAAGUUUUUAUGUACUUCCUUAAUCUAAGUACAUUUAAGGCCGAGACCUGAGUGGAACAACACUUCUAUAUUCAGUGUCCUUCUCAUCACAUGUGCACAUGACUUAUCGCAGAGGUUCCUUUUUACCGUAAUACCACACCCAUAGGGAGUGCACAACUAUGGCAACAGCAGUGUGACAUAAGUAUGUUACAGAAGUGACCCAUAAUUGUCCCAAAAUCAGCAGGAAGUAACACAAAAUUACCCCAAACUAAAAGGAAAUGAUCCAAAAUUUACAGGAAGUGACCCUUAAAUAUCUUGAAAUGGCAAAAAAAUUAACUCAUUGCCUGCCAUUGACAACAGCAGACGUCCAAUUCACUUAAACCGGAAGGACUGGCUGUGAAUGCUCAUCUUUCAGUGGUAUUGAUGGCGUUAGACAUCCAAUCUGGAUUGGACGUUUAGCGCUAGCAUAGCGCUGUCAAUGCUAAGCCAGCGAGCUAACUUCUUUGCCAAAAAAAAAAAAAAAUGGUCGUACAUACUACAUGAGAACGAAUUGCCCUGUAAGUUUUGAGUUUGACACCCCUGCUGAUGAAAUGCUUGCAUUUUUAUUUUUCGUGUGGUCGCGGUACCAAAACGUGGACCGGCGCUCUGAGAUGCAGCUCUCCGUCUGACUACCAAAGUCCAAACUCCUGAACUGUAACCAAACUGAUACUUUGAACCAAACUGAAAGCGAGCUACUUCCAAAAGUCUCCAUUGACAUCACCUUGGCUGAUAGCUGUUAUCUGUCGCGUGAUGGAUGGCUUCGUAAGGACCGACCUGACUCGAAAAAAUCUCAGAUAUCUUUUAAAGUGGAGCACUGACUCUAUUAAAACAAGUCCAAAUGACCACUUCGGCUCUCCUCUGGUUAAACCUUAGGAAUGUGUGUACAUUUUCAGCAGUGACUCUUUUGUGCGUCGUUACUUAUUUUCACUUGUUUGCUUUGCUUAUUUUGUUGCUAUUUCUUGUCCUUUGCAAGUGUCACCAGAUUUGGAGGCAGGCGGGCGGGCGGGUGGGCGGCAGCGGCUUAAAAACAUGAGCGGAGCCUCCGUGUCGGGUAGCCAUGUCGAUGCCAGUCACUGCCCUUUCUUUCAUGCUGUAUAAUACACACACACGCACACACACAUGCAUAUAUCUGUGUAUUUGUAACCUGAAUCUUCUUGUGUCUGUCCAUGCAGACAAUAAAAAACUGUACAGUAGGUCUAGUUGCAUGUAAUCUGUACUAAUUAUUGACAAUGGCAUUAUAAAAUGCAAUAAAAUACUUAUUACACUGUCCCAUGCUGAGUCCUUGUUA